AUGAAAGUUCUACAAUCUCAGGCAGUAAAUGUGAAUUCUCCUACCUUGUACAAGCUUUGGUCUUUUUUUCAAGGUGAUUUUCCACUGAAAGAAUCAACAAAUGUAGAAAUACAAUCUCCAAUAAAUACAACAACCAAUGUAAAUCUGAGCAACGAAGAUAAUGUGACAACAGUAAAACUCACCACGACUCCUACAAAAAAUAUUGUUUUAGAUUUAUCCACACCAUCUACAUCAAAAGAUAAGCCUCACUUUAACAAAUCAAUCAAUGAAUACUUACAAAAUCCCCCAGUAAAUAAAAGAAAAUUUAUCAGGAAGACAGAAAAGAACCCUUAUGUAAUAACUUCCGUGAACUUUAGAGCAACUAUUGAAAGAAGAAAAAUUGAGUAA